AGUCGCCGUCGAUCAGCUGUUCCUUGUUGACAAGAUGGCCCUCCGCCUGGGACUUUCUGCUCUCGCCCGCCUUCCUCGCGCUGCCAGGCCCCAGGGGCGCGCCCUUAGCACAACAGCGACGAGAUGGGUGGAUGAUCUGACUGUGAAGCAGGUGGAGCCUCGUGAUGCAAGGAAGUCCAUGCUUUCGCCCGAGGAAGUGGAGCAUCAGAAGGCCCUCUCUGGUUACAUCACUAUCGAUACUCCUGCCGACAUCACCCCAAUCACGGGUGUCCCUGAGGAGCACGUUAAGACAAGGCGCGUCCUGAUCAAAAAGCCAGCCAAGAAUUCGAUGCAGUCUGGGACCAGUAACAUCCAGCUGUGGCGCAUUUCGUUUGAUGAGCGAGAGAGAUGGGAAAACCCUCUCAUGGGCUGGUCGUCCACAGCUGAUCCCUUGUCUAAUAUGCAGCUUGAGUUCGGAUCCAGAGAGGAAGCAGUUGCUUUCUGCGAGAAGAAUGGCUGGGAGUGGAUCGCCGAGGACCCCCCCGUGAAGCCCCCCCGCGCCAAGAGCUAUGCUGCCAACUUCUCAUGGAACAAGCGCUCUCGUCGGUCCACCAAGUAGAUCCUAGGAGGCAUGAGGAAGCUUGACAUUUUUUUAUUUAUUUUUUUAUUCUGGUCUUAGGCUGAAACUGAAGCCUUCGUCUUUUUUUUUUUUUUUUUCAUUAAAGUCCAUAACUGAAGGAAGGUGUAUAGCAAACAAUUAUGCUGUAAAUAUACUAUUUAAGAAAUAAAGGAAUAACACAA